AUGACCGACCCUCUCUCUCCUCCGCCGUCCCCCGGCGACGGCGGCGACUACGCCGCAUGGUACGGCAACAUCCAGUACCUCCUCAACAUCUCCGCCAUCGGCUCCUUCUUCUGCCUCUUCCUCUUCCUCUUCGUCAAGCUCCGCUCCGACCACCGCCGCAUGCCGGGACCCUCCGCCCUCGCCGCCAAGCUCCUCGCCGUCUGGCACGCCACAGGCCGCGAAAUCGCCCUCCACUGCGGCGCCGACGCCGCUCAGUUCCUCCUCAUCGAAGGCGGCAGCUGUGGCCUUCUUCUCUCCCUCGCCGUCCUCGCCGUCUUCGUCAUGCUGCCGCUGAACCUCUACGCCGGCACCGCCGUGCUCGGCGACCAGUUCUCGGAGACGACGAUAAACCACAUUGAGAAAGGUUCUGCUUUGCUUUGGGUGCAUUUUGUUUUCCUGGUUGUGGUUGUUGUUUUCGUGCAUUUCGGUAUCUCUGCUAUCGAAUCGAGGUUGAAGAUCACUAGGAUUAGGGAUGGGAAUGGGAAUAUGAGUGGCCCCGGUUCAGAUUCCACGGCUCUUUUUACUAUAAUGGUGCAGGGGAUACCGAAAACUAUAGGGACUGAUAGGACUUUGUUGCAUGAGUAUUUCCAGCAUAAGUAUCCCGGCAAGGUUUAUAGGGUUGUUCUGCCGAUGGAUUUGUGUGCAUUGGAAGAAUUAGCGUCGGAGUUGGUUAAGGUUAGGCAUGAAAUUGCUUGGUUGGUUGCGAAAAUUGACUCCCGGCUGUUGCCUGAUGAGAGUGUAGAGAAUGGAUAUGGAACUGCUUCGUCAGAGGGAGUGUGGGGGUGGGUUUGUAAUAUGUGGAGGAAGGUGAUGGAUUUAUGGCAUUGUGUUAUGGCUAGCUUAGGUUACACGGAUGAUAGGAAGUUAGGAGAGUUGCAGGAAUUGAGAGCUGAAUUGGAGACUGAACUGGCUGCUUACAAGGAAGGCCGUGCUGUGGGUGCUGGAGUUGCGUUUGUGGUGUUUAAGGAUGUGUACACUGCUAAUAAAGCGGUUCAGGACUUUCAACAUGAGAAGAAGAGGCGGAUAGGUAGGUUCUUUUCUCUCAUGGAGUUACGUUUACAGAGAAAUCACUGGAAAGUUGAGCAGGCACCACUGGCAACCGACAUUUAUUGGAAUCAUUUGGGGUCGUCAAAGGUCUCACUGAAGUUGCGGAGAGUUCUUGUGAACACAUGCUUAUUGUUGAUUCUUCUAUUUUUUAGCUCGCCUCUUGCAAUUAUCAGUGCUGUGAAAAGUGCCGGACGGAUCAUAAAUGCAGAAGCUAUGGACAAUGCCGAUUUGUGGUUAGCUUGGUUUCAGAGCUCAAGCUGGCUAGGGAGCCUCAUCUUUCAGUUUAUGCCCAAUGUUAUUAUUUUUAUAAGCAUGUAUAUCAUAAUUCCAUCAGCACUUUCCUAUCUCUCCAAGUUUGAACGACAUCUUACAGUAUCAGGGGAGCAGAGAGCCGCACUUCUUAAGAUGGUUUGUUUCUUCCUGGUAAAUCUUAUUCUUCUGAAGGGUCUGGUUGAAUCAUCUUUAGAGAGUGCCCUGCUAAAAAUGGGAAGGUGCUAUUUGGAUGGAGAAGAUUGCAAGAGGAUUGAGCAGUACAUGAGUGCAUCAUUUUUGUCAAGAUCCUGCCUUUCCUCUCUGGCAUUCUUGAUCACGAGUACGUUUUUGGGAAUAUCAUUUGAUCUAUUGGCCCCAAUCCCCUGGAUAAAAAAGAAGAUUCAGAAGUUCCAGAAAAAUGACAUGCUGCAACUGGUCCCUGAACAAAGUGAAGAGUAUCCAUUAGAAACUCAGGAACCUGAUACUCUACAGAGACCCUUGAUUGUGGAGAACACAUAUUAUGAUUCUCCUAGGCUGAAUGGAAUGGACAUGCCAGGACAAGAUCUUUCUGAAUACCCCAUCAACAGAACCUCCACAGCCCCCAAGCAGACAUUCGAUUUUGCGCAAUACUACGCGUUCAAUUUGACAAUAUUUGCCCUGACGUUCAUCUAUUCUUCAUUUGCUCCACUUGUGGUUCCGGUUGGUGCAAUCUAUUUCGGGUACAGGUACGUGGUUGAUAAGUACAACUUUUUGUUUGUCUAUCGGGUCCGCGGAUUUCCUGCUGGAAAUGAUGGGAAGUUGAUGGAUACAGUCUUGAGCAUCAUGCGUUUCUGUGUUGAUCUGUACCUGCUCGCGAUGCUCUUGUUCUUUUCGGUUCAUGGAGACUCCACAAAGCUGGAAGCAAUAUUCACACUUGGGGUGUUAGUACUGUAUAAACUGUUGCCUUCAAACAAUGAUAGAUUUCAUCCUGCUGUUUUGGAAGGCAUACAAACUGUAGACAGUUUUGUGGAAGGACCCAUUGAUUAUGAGGUCUUUUCGCAGCCUAAGUUUGGUUGGGAUACAUAUACAUGAUUUUCAGCUGCAUCUUCUUUAUUCGCCAAUUGUUUGACUUGUACCUUGCAUCAGUACGUAUUGUGCAUAUUGCUGCUAUUAUG